GAUCGGUUUUGUGUUCCAUCUCCGACGAAUGCAAUCGAAUUUAUGAAUCAUGGGACCACUGAUGCUCUCCUGAAAACUCAGUUGCGAAAUUUUUCGAAGAAUCGCGGUGAAAAAUCCGCAGAACUGCAGUCAGUGAAGACAAUUCCUCAGAGUGCGGAUGAGAAUUGGGAGCAGCAGUGAAGCAAAUUUCGUCUUGAGUAAUGUCGUAUCCAAAUUCCCGAAGCGAUAGCUUGAGUUGAGCCAGUUGUCAGUCGCAUGUGCUGAAUCGGUUGAAGACUCGCCACAUUGGACCAGGGAGAUUGGAAUCAAUGGCGACUGAGAGUAGUGCCAGCACAGGGCGGCUGGGUGAGAGAGAGGGAUUGGGGAGCGGUGUGAGUUGACUGACUGAGCAUUGUGCGAGAAUCGUAGGAGAGAGUAAGCCAGCACCCAGAUUUUAUUCUGGUGACGACGCAGUUCGUUUUCAUGUGAGGAAUUUUUAGAAAGGGUGAUUGGAGGGAAUGUCAAUGGAAAUGGAAACAAGGUGUCGUCGCAUUAGUGGAACGAAGCAUGGCACCUGAAACGGUCUCGGACACGCUCUCAAGUAAUCUCUCUCAAUCCCCAUCGCCGUCGGCGGAAUCCCUCAAUUGGGAAGGCUGUCUUCGACGUACACCGUCUCAUAUCCUUCCUCGGUUACUGAACUGGGUCACCGAAAUUCUUCUGCUGUAGAUUACGCUUGUUUCGAUGUGUUUAUGCGUUGUAGUGAACGAUUCGGUUGACGGGAUUUCGUUGGACAGCUUGCUGACAGUUUUCGGAAGGGUCUUGUAGCUAGGAUUUGGAUGAUCGUGUAGCGAUUUAGCGAUUCAGUUGGGUUGAGCUCAAUGGAUCCAAAUCAUGGCGGGAGGAGAGCUGGUUAGGCGACGAAUUUGGAAAGUAGUGGUCAGUGAGGAUGUCUUGUCGGGUUUUAAACCUUCCGCUUGUAUGAGUGGGGGUUAGCCUGUUCGCAUAGUGAGGAGAUUUGGAUGUUGGCAUCGUUAUUCUCGAAUUUGGUGCUAACCGCACCGCUGGCUUACGACUAUUCGGAUGCUUUGUGAGACUUUGUUUAUUUUUUUUCCAGUUUUGGUUUGGGCAGGGAGAAGUAGCAAAAACUUCCACUAGAUAUUGUUUUUGGCGCUGGAUUUUGACCUCGUGAUCAUCGCACUGUCGAAUUGUUUGUUGGAACUGUUUAUCGUUGCCUUGCUGAUACGAGGCAAUGUGGGGGCUUAAACCGUCUCCGAAAAUACUCGUCGUGGGGUACGCAAGUCGCUGAGCCGCCUUUUUUGAAAAGCUGUUUUCAACUGGAACCCGUGCUCAAUCGUACUACUGCUGCAUCGGAGCUGCCGGUUCCUGUGUGGCAGCAAAUCUCCUGAACCUCCAAGCUGAGGAGGUUGACGAGAACAACUAGAUUUAUUACUGUGGGCUUAUCUGGAGCACUAGCCAAGCGGGUUUCACGUUAAACGGCGAAUUGGUGGAACGGGCUUUCACCUGAAGGAGCGGACGAGUAUGCACGUCGCAAGAGCAAGAUGUAAUCCAGAUACAGCGUAUUAUUAUUAUUAUUAUUAUUAUCAAAUAUGAAGUCUAUAAUUCUCAAUCCACUCUUCCCCGGCGCUGACUGACCGAUUCCCUUUAACCCAGAAAACACCAUCUCACACAAAAAACAGUGCCUCCUAGAACUGAGAUCAUCGUCAUGGCAGCCGUCGACGCGGAGUAUGGGCGGCUCUUCUUGCAUGGAAAUCAGGAAAACAUACCAUUGAAGGCGAUCAUCUUGUUGGCGUAUCAGAGCUUUGGGGUAGUCUAUGGUGACCUUAGCACCUCACCUCUGUAUGUGUACCGCAGUACAUUUGCAGGCAGGCUACGGUUGCAUGAAAGCGAUGAUGAAAUAUUGGGCAUCCUGUCAUUCAUUUUCUACACGCUGACAAUAAUCCCUCUCAUCAAGUAUGUAUUCAUUGUGCUAAAUGCAAGUGACAAUGGUGAAGGUGGAACGUUUGCCCUCUACUCUCUACUAUGCCGCCAUGGAAAACUCAGCUUAUUGUCCAAUCAACAAGAUGAUGAUCAAAAUUUGUCUACGUACAAGGUGGUGACUCCAAAGCAAACCCAAUUAGGGCUGAGGGUGAUGAAUCUUUUUGAAAAGCACCCCCACCUCCGAAAAGGGCUCCUCAUCGUUGUCUUGUUGGGGACUUGCAUGGUCAUAGCGGAUGGUGUUUUUACACCUGCCAUAUCUGUGUUGUCAGCGGUUACAGGUAUUAAAGUUGCAGCACCAGACCUUCCGGAAGGUGUGGUAACGGCAGUCUCAUGCGGCAUUCUUUUCUGCUUAUUCGUACUUCAGCAUUUUGGCACACGCAGGGUUGCUUUUUUAUUUGCCCCAAUUGUAAUUGCGUGGUUGAUUUGCAUCUCCAUCAUCGGAGUGUACAACAUAGUAGUUCACAAUCCAAGGGGGAUUUGGUCCGCUUUGUCACCAAUAUAUAUGUACAAAUUCCUAAAAAUUACUGGAAAGGAUGGUUGGGUAUCUCUUGGUGGUGUUGUCUUGUGCAUUACCGGAACUGAAGCCAUGUUUGCAGACUUGGGACACUUCAAUCAAGUUUCUAUCAAGAUUGCCUUUACAACUGCGGUGUAUCCUGCCUUAUUAUUGGGAUACUUUGGGCAAGCUGCUUACUUAUCCAAGAACCGAAACGAUGUCUCAGAAAGCUUCUACAAGUCCAUUCCAACACCUGUAUUUUGGCCAGUAUUUUUGAUUGCUACAUUGGCAGCUAUCGUAGGGAGUCAAGCGGUUAUCUCAGCAACAUUUUCAAUUGUGAAGCAAUGUGUGUCCCUCUAUUGUUUUCCAAGAGUCAAAGUAAUCCAUACAUCUAGAGAAAUCCAUGGCCAGAUCUACAUCCCUGAAAUCAAUUGGAUUUUAUUUCUUUUGUGCUUGGCUAUCACUGUUGGGUUUAGAGAUACAACCACCAUUGGGAAUGCUUACGGUCUAGCAGUCAUGUCAGUGAUGCUCGUAACGACUUGCCUAAUGGCUUUGGUGAUUUUGUUGGUAUGGGGACGAAGCAUCUUCAUAGCUCUGGGGUUCCUCAUUUUCUUUGGGUCCAUUGAGUUAAUGUACAUCUCCGCGUCCAUUAUGAAGGUACCUCAAGGGGGGUGGGUUCCGUUGGUGAUCUCUUUUGUUUUCCUAAUAAUCAUGUACAUAUGGAAUUACGGGACGUCCAAAAAGUACCAAUACGACUUCGAGAACAAAGUUGCCAUGCACACGUUGAUGAACAUUGGGCAGACUAUGGGGGGUGUCCGUGUCCCUGGUAUUGGGCUUUACUAUACAGAGCUUGUGACAGGCGUUCCGCCUAUUUUAGCCCACCUAUUCACAAAUCUGCCGGCGUUGCAUGAGUUCCUAGUGCUCGUCUCCAUAAAGCAUGUUCCUGUGCCUUACAUUCCUUUACAAGAGCGAUAUCUUGUUGGACGAAUUGGUUCAAAGGACCUGCGCUUGUACAGGUGUGUUGUUCGCUAUGGAUACAAAGAUAUCCAUAAAGACGAUGACGGAUUCGAGGACAAACUCAUCGAAAAACUGGGUGCCUUUAUUGUGGCGGAGGACGACGUGGAGUCUGAAACGUGCAGCUCCGACGAAAGAGACGACGGGAUGAUGCAAGCGUCAGGAAUGUAUCGAUCGUCAAGUUUGGUGCACGCCGUGGACAACGAACUUACCGUCAAGGAAAGAUUCGGGAGAAAGAAACAGCCUCUCGCAAAGUCCGAGCUCUCUUGCAAUGAACCCACUCCCCAAGUGAAUGGCAAGAAGCGGGUUCGUUUUCAAAGUCCAGAUUUCAAGCAACCAGAUCCAGCCAUCCUGCGGGAGCUAGAACUGCUUCGAGAACAUAAAGAGAGGGGUGUGGUCUACAUCUUGGGCCACUCCUACGUGGAGGCAACCAACGCAUCAUCUAUACUGAAGAAGUUUGCUAUUAACGUUGUCUACACUUUCUUGAGGCGAAUCUGCAGGGGACCUUCGGUUAUACUCCAUAUACCUCAAGCAUCAUCCAUCGAAAUCGGCGUCGUCUAUCGGGUGUAGAUACUGAAAAAUAAGGGAGCCCCGGCUGGUGAUUCUAACGUUACGUUGAAUGUGUUGAAGGUUUUGUUCGAGCAGAUACCAGGGCAUUAAGCUUCACGAAUCAGAACGACUCAGCAACGGAGACCUUCGUGUAAACCCGGCUUUUGAAACUGUCCACAUCAGAGUCUGGUUUAGCAUAUAUUUGCAAGAGCAGAAAAAAGUUUUUCUUCACCUGUGUACAGUUUAUAUACUCAAAUUGUUUGUAAUUUUAACAAAGAUCGUUGGUUUUUUUGUCAUUUUUAAUUGGCAGCCGAAA